AGGGACUCGCUCAAGGUGCUCGAGGUUGACAUCCAGCAUGCGAACACCCUGUUUGGAGCGUGUGUUGUUCACCAUGUCGUGAAUUCAUCUCUGGCGGUCUGCCACAGGCCGUCCGAGUGCUCGAGGGACUACGACAGGGCGUGCCUGCAGAUGCGCAUGUCCUACAGCCCCGCCAUGCACAUCUUCCUCUUCAUCAUGAAGUGGACCAACUGCAGCCUCGCCGGCACGGUCGGCCUCCUCAGGAUACUCUUGUCCAUCUGCUUAUGUGGACGGCACCACCACAAUGUCCACCCAUGAAAGGAAGGCCAGCAUCAGGGAGAUAAACGCUCUGUACAUAACUGAAAACAAUAGCAGAUGUUCUCACUAUGGUAAACGCUUUGUUCAUCAAUUCGUGUGCAG